GGGAGCAACAGGUAGAACAGCAGCGCCCCUGCACCUGCCUCCGCAUGCACCUGAGAUGUGACAGCCGCUGCCCCCACCCUCUCCCGGCGCAGCUCAGCCUGCCAGCCCCUCCGCUGGCAAUAGCGCCCUGGGGCUAUCCCGGCCCCCAGCCCCUUCGCUCCUGCCACUGAGUGCCCCCCGGGGGCGCAGAACGCCCCCAGCCAGGGACUGACUCGAAGCAGAGACACGCUCCUCUGCCACCAGCGAGGAGAAACCACCAUGGCAGAGAACAGCUGGUGGAAGCUCACCUUCCUGCGGAAGAAGAAAUCCACCCCCAAGGUCCUGUACGAGAGCCCAGACAUCUAUGCCACCGAGAACCACCAGGAGGCCACGCGGACAGAGGCAGGGAGCAACGGUGGCGCCGAGAGUGAAUUCAACGCCCGGCUGGAGAAGAUCGUGGAUAAGAGCACAAAAGGCAAACACGUCAAAGUCUCCAACUCCGGGCGCUUCAAGGAGAAGAAGAAAGUGCGAGCCACGCUGGCUGAAAACCCCAACCUCUUCGCCGAUGGCGAGCAGGAGGAGAAGUGAGGCAGGGGAAAGCGCUGCAGGGUGGGACCAAUGCCCUGAAGCCAUCGCACAUGGACCCAUUCCGACUCAGAGACAGACUAGAUGUCAGUUCUGCUCUCUCCGCAAAUGAAGUAACGAGGGGGCAGGAGCCACCCCGCUGUAAAUUUCAAAGACUUUCGGUCCUGACGUGCACUCGUGAAGGAGAAAGGACUCGAUAGUUUUUAUUUAAAUACAAAUCAUCCUAUUUAAAAUAAAUGCCACUGGGGGAUCAUCACAAGCUGGAGGUGUCCAAGCCUUGGAGGUGGGGAGGAGUCAAACACAAAGCAGCUCAGAGGCCUCUUGCAAACACCCUCGGCUCAGCGGUGCCCAAGGGCCCGUGGCUAGAGGCAGCGCUCAAUGCAGGGGGCCAUGGGACGGGAGGAGCCAGUUCAUUCUCAUCCACCCUCUUGUUCUACCACUGCACCUAGAAGAUGGCUGAGAACGGGUAGAAACUUCAUCUGGCUCGGCCCUGGGGGAUUGCCCGGCAACUCACCUCCGCUCUGUCCGCACCCACUGACACAGGAAAGGUAAACAUCAGCUUGGCUGGGAGACAGGGUUGCACCUUUUAAUACCACAGAGAUUAUUCCCUGGCCUGGGAAAGAGAACUACUUGGCCACAGGCAGUCACCAGCUGACCUGCACCACUAAAGGCGAUAGGACCCGUGAUCUUCAUGUCCUGGAGAGCGGCACUCAGCCAGUUGAGCUAAAGGAGAACCACCCUUGGCUGCAGCAACAGCCUCUCUUGGCCUCCGGCUACUACAGAGCAACACUUGAGUAGAUCUGAUCCUCCAGCCAGCCGGGGGGCGCUGGGGUAAGAGAACUAAAGAUUCCACUGAUAGGAGAAACUGCUGCCAGUCGGGUGGGGGCCCUGGGGGCUUUGGAACGGGGUUACGGCCCUGAGAGCUUAUUCUCUUUGACUCACUGCUGGGCACUGGUUGAUGUAGAAACCAGCUGGAGUCUGCUAGAGCCGCUCUAAGAGGAGAAGACAGACGGGUCUAGUAGUGAUUAGCACGGGAGCACCGGGAAUGAGAAAGCCUGGACUAUGCCUCAGUUUCCUGCUAUGAACAAGAAGGGGCCAGCUUCUGAGUCAGCUUUCUGACCAUAAUCUCACUUUUAAGUUUCCUUCUGCAAAGGACACGUACGUGCUCCCAGUAACUUAAAUUCAAGGUUAUUUGUUAACUGCAUUCAUCUCCCUCCGAGUGGCUACCAGCCACACAUACCUGGCAGCCCAGAUGGACUUUAGCAGCAGAGAUUCUAAUAACUCACUCAUCAAGCCAUUUUGCACUCAUAAAAUGCGCGUGUUUUGCUGAACUUUGUGCACAGGAGCAGCUGCUGAAUUCAUGUUGUUACUGGCGGAAGCGGCUGUUGCAAUGAUGCAGAGUUCUCUCCCCCUUCCCCCCCCCGCCACCGGGUUACAAAAGGUAAAAGUUUGCUGGCCCUUUUAAUUUCCAAGAGCCAUUUUGCUGCUGCUACUUUAGAGGCCUUGAUCUUCCUGGCUGGUGCUUUCUUCAUGUCCAGAGUCACUAAUUCAUGGGGUGGGCAGUUAAAAGGUGAACUGUUCCCCGUGCUGGUGAGACUGAGGUUUGGCCACCGUACGCAAAGUGUAGGCUGGUUGCAGUGGCUUGGGAGUGGGGGGUAAACACCUUGCACCCUUAAGAGACAAAACACACUUGUAGCUCAUAGUUAGGGCUCAUAUCCAGAGCCGGACAUUGAUUUGUUUUUUGAAGACCCAUCUUUUGUAAGUGUUUGUAGAUGUUCUUUGUUAAUAAACAAACCUGAAAACAAA